CUUCUCUACUAGCCCAACCUCAGCAAGAUGUUCACUCGCGUUCAGUUCGUCACUCUCGCUGUCUUUGCGGCUAUCUCUGCUGUGCGUGCGGCCUUGCCAGCCAACUGUGCUCGCAACUACACUGUCCACCUCUUCGACACCUGCAAUGAAAUCUCCGCUGACCUCAACGUCUCCACGUAUCAGCUUGCGCUCGUCAACCCCCAGAUUGAUGCCGGCUGCGACAAUCUCGGUGAGGGCGAGCCGCUCUGCCUGGGUAUCACGGGCCAAGACUGCACGACGACCUAUGUUAUCCAGACCGGCGACAAUUGCGACCUGAUUACGACCAACGAGAAUGUCGCCCGCAGCACCCUGCUGGCCAACAACCCGAACGUCAACAGCGAUUGCAGCAACAUCUAUCCCGGAGAGGUCUUGUGCACUGCUAACACUGUUGUUCCCUACACGUCUUGA